AUGCGAAAAGUUUUUUUCAGAUCUGACCGGAAUCCUUGGUGCCACCGACGACCGUCGGAUCGACCGUGCAUGUCGAGCAGCAUGAGCGGGCGGUCGCACCGCACGGUGUAUGUGGGCAACCUGCCCGGCGACACGCGCGAGAGCGAAGUCGAGGACCUUUUCGCCAAGUACGGCAAGAUCCUCGAUAUUGAGCUCAAGCUUCCGCCCCGGCCCCCCGGCUUCGCGUUCGUGGAGGUGAGCGGGAUCGUGGGUGGGAGCAGAAUCGGGAGGGGGAUUGGAAGCGGGAGUGGUGGGGGCGGGAGUUGGAGCGGGAGUGGGGGCGGGAGUGGGAGUGGAAGCGGGAGUGGGAGUGGGAGUGGAAGCGGGAUCAACCCGCUCUUCCCCCAGCCCGUCACCCUCUCUUCCCCCAACCUCCCCCGCCCGCGCGCUUCUACCUCUUCCCCCUGCUUCCCUCCCCCCGCCCUUUUCCAUUUCUCCCUUUCUUUCCCGCCCCGCGUAACCCUGCCCCUCCCCCGGUACCAUCUCCCGUUCGCCACACUUCGCCAGUUCGCGGACCCGCGGGACGCGGAGGACGCCAUCCGCGGGCGGGACGGGUAUGACUUCGACGGGAACUGCCUGCGCGUGGAACUCGCUCCCUCCCUCUCCCUCCCCGCUCCCCCCUCCCCCCUCCCCCCUUCUUCCCCUUUCCUUCCCCCUUCCCCUUCUGUUCAUCCUUACACACCCAUCUCUUUCUUUCUCUCCCCGUGUAACUUUGUCCCGCAUCUCCCUUUCGCCACUCCUCCCCACACUUCGCCACCUUGCCGCAGUUCGCGGACCCCCGGGACGCGGAGGACGCCAUCCGCGGGCGGGACGGGUAUGACUUCGACGGGAGCCGUCUGCGCGUGGAGCUCGCUUCCUCUUCCCCUGUCACGCCCCCUUCCUUCCCUUCCCCCUUCCCUCUUGCCCUCUGUUGCCCUUAUCCACCCCUCCCGUCUCUUCCCGUUCAUUGUGAAGAAUCUCCCCACCUCCGCUUCCUGGCAAGAUCUCAAGGACCACAUGCGGCGGGCGGGCGACGUGUGCUUCGCGCAGGUCUUCAAGGAGAGGGACGGCAUGAUGGGCAUAGUGGACUACAGCAACGAGGAGGACAUGAAAUAUGCGAUCCGCAAGCUAGAUGACUCCGAGUUCAAAAACCCCUUCUCCCGCGGCGUCUACAUUCGUGUGCGUGAGGAGAGCAAGACGGGUCGCGACCGCAGCCGGUCACCUCGUCGUCGCGAGCGGUCUCGUUCCCGUUCGCGCUCGCGCUCCCGCUCUGCCUCGGGUUCGCGCUCGCGAUCUCGCUCCAAGUCCAAAUCGCGCUCGCGCUCGCCUAAGAAGAGUGGUUCCAAGUCGCCCUCUCGCUCGCGCUCUCGAUCCAAGUCUCCCGCCAAGUCCCCCGAGCGUGCUCGCUCUCCUGCUGGCAGUGAUGGGAAGGCAGCAUCGGCAUGGCGCACGUGUUCUGCCUCUGCUGCGUGCACCGUGCCCUGCCGCCCUACAGCCCCAAUUGCCCCUUCCCCCACUCCUCCCCCCCCCCUCUCUCCCCCACUUCCCCUUCCCCUCUCAGCGUGCGGGCAGGUGUUCUGCUUUUGCUGCGUGCACCGUGGCAGAGGGGCGACAGAGGGCAGAGGGGCGACGAAGGGCAGAGGGGCGACAGAGGGCAGUGGGGCGGCAGAGGGCAGAGGGGCGGCAGAGGGCAGUGGGGUGGCAGAGGGCAGUGGGGCGGCAGAGGGCAGUGGGGCGGCAGAGGGCAGUGGGGCGGCAGAGGGCAGUGGGGCGGCAGAGGGCAGUGGGGCAGCAGAGGGCAGUGGAGCGGCAGAGGGCAGUGGGGCAGCAGAGGGCAGUGGAGCGGCAGAGGGCAGUGGGGCGGCAGUCUGGGCUUCCAGUGGCAGUGGUGGGCGGCUGUCUGUAACACGUGUGGCGGUGGGGGGCGGCUGUAACUCCUGCCCCAUGGUGCGCAUGCGCGCCGUGCCAUGUACCGCUGCCCUGCCAUGUUUACUCCUUACUUCUCCUCAAAACCUUACUGCUUCUGGUCUGCUGGCACCGCUUCCUCUCCACCGCCUUCCCCAUGGACCACCGCACACUUCUCUUCCCCACGGCCUUCUCAUCCCCCGCGCCCCCCAUGGCCUCCCCCACCGUCUGCUGGCUGCUGGCACCGCUUCCUCUCCACCGCCUUCCCCACGGACUACCGCGCACGCCUCAGGGACGUGCCGUGCCGGAGGAGAGGAGAGGGUUAGGAGCACCUACUCGCCCUUGUUGCCCUCCUCUCUUGAGGCAGAGCUGGUCGUGGAGGGGGAUGGUGGUGCAGCUCGCCAGAGAGGGAUGCGCUACAGGAGAGGGACAUGGGGACCUUUUCGCCAUCUGUGCCUUCCAUGCUUGACGCUGACUCGGCGCCAGGGGGAGUUGGUGGUGGUGCAGCUCGCCAGGAGAGCAAGUGUGGAGGUGUAG